GCUUACUGGGUAGCUUAUAUGUGGAAUAUAACUUUGUGGUUAUGGAAGACAUAUAUAUAACCACAAAGUUAUAUUCCACAGCUAGAGGAUACGGCCCCCGGAGAGCUAGUUAUGUAGGUCUAUAUAUGUAUAUAAGCGACCGUGAGAAAUCCUUUACAUGUGCAUUGUUGUUCUUGGUGCUACACUGCUACCCCUCCACGCCUCCACCUCCCGAUGCCUCCUGCAUAUAGGCUAUAUAUGCAUACAAGUAUGUGUGUAGUGUAUGUAUCAUCGCGGGCAGUAUCGCAUGCAUCCCUUCGUAUCGCGUUUUCAGUUUAAUACUUAAUAACCGAUGCCCGUGUUGCUUUUUUUUGCAUUCCCUACAAUUAUGAUUCAGUGCAGAGUAAGUAGGUAUUCAAAGGGAGAGACUUGGACGCGAUUGAAAUGAAGAUUUUGCUGGUUUCGCUCUUUGUUAAUGAUAAAUCUUUGCGUUCGGCUACGUUGUUUUGACUUGUUAAAAUGGCCUCUUCGGAAAUCAACGAAUUUUUGUGCGGCCCUCUGGUUACUUGGUUUAUCAGCUGUCUAGAAGACCCUAAUGCACUGACCAACUAUGAUGAUCUCGUUGAUGGGGUUUUGUUACACAAUGUAUUUCUUCAAAUAGAUCCUGAGCCCUUGCACGAUGGUGUCAUACCAUCGGGAGGAGAUUCCAGAGUACGAAUAAAAAACUUGGAAAUAGUCGUAGACAACAUGAGACAGUUUUACGAAGAGCAUUUGGGUCACUUAUUACUCAUUGCGCCCAACACUUAUAAGCUAGGAAAGGAUCCUGAACGACAUGUGGCAGAGGCCAAGUUAAUGCUACUGUUGCUUUUGGGAUGUGCUGUGCAGUGUUCUAACAAAGAAGAUUUCAUUACAAGAAUAAAAACACUCAAUGUUGAUACACAACUAGCAAUAGUUGAUUGCAUAAAACAAGUAACUGAUUAUCAAGACAUUGUUGUGACACAAGAAUCCAUGGAAAAUGUUAACAUGGGCAUUGUGUUUUCAAGAGUAAAGAAAUUAAUGCAAGAAAAAAAUGCUUAUUGCAAUAAGUUAAAGAGUAUACAGGCUGCAAAUACAAGUCAUGACAAUGAGGGCAUUGGAAACUGUACAGGAAAUGAUCCUGGUGCCGGCAAUAGGAACAACGAUAACAUUGUGCACAAUGCUCUUGAAGCAGAGAGAGGAGAUAUGCCCACACCAAAGAAAAGUGGUAUGUCUGCAACUUCGAUGUCAGGUAAACUUGAAGGAUUGUUCAGCCCUCCCAGUAAUAGCGGCCGAGAUAAUAGCUCCAGCAGAGAAGAUGUUCACCGCUAUGCAGUUGAAUUGGCUGAUUGGAAAUCAAAAGUAAGAAAACAGAGACAAGAACUGGAAGAGAAGACUGAAGCUCUAAUCGAAUGUAAGGAAGAGUUGGAGCACAAUAAAGCAGUUCUUGUCAAGUUGAGGGAGGAGAACCAAGAACUAUUGCUGGAAGCACGAGCAGCUAAAUCUUACAGGGACGAGUUGGAUGCCGCUAUAGAAAGAGCAGAGAGAGCCGACCGCUUAGAGGCAGAAGUGGCCAGAUAUCGAGAAAAAUUAACGGAUAUCGAGUACUACAAAAGCAGGAUAGAAGAGUUACGAGAAGAUAACCGCGUUCUGAUGGAAACCAGAGAAAUGUUAGAGGAACAGCUAAACUCGUCCCGGAAAAGAUCGGAAAAAGUUUUGGAGCUGGAAUCGGAGAUAAUAAAGUACGAGCAACUUCUGAAUGAUAUGGCGCUCGAGAGAGUAGCGGACCGGGACAAGUACACAGAAGUGUGCGAAGAAAACGCACAACUCCAGCGUCUGAUCAAAAGCGUAGCUAGUGAAGUUGCCAGCGGAGCUCUGUCUUCCCUGACCGGAGCAGGAUCAGCCAGUGACUCCGAGGCGGAUCCGACGGACGGUUCCACAGAUAACAGGCUGUCCGAGCAGUUGUCCAACAACGCACAAGCUCGCGCGCUCAAGCUCGAACUCGAAAAUCGUCGCCUCAGCAAUCUCGUCGAUUCGUUGAAAGAGAAGUCCUUCCACGAAAGCUCUUCCAGGAUGUUGGAGCUGGAGAAAGAAAAGAAGAAGCUGUCGCUGAAGGUGGACUCUCUGAACGACAGUAGCGAGCGGCUGACUCAGCAGAACAAGGACCUCGAGCUCGUCUGCAAGCAGACCCUCGAAGAGAACAAGAAGCUUCAGGGAUGUCUGAGCACUCAGCGCAGCAACCUCGAUAAGCAGCAGCAAGAGAUCCAGAGCCUACACGGCAAGCUGAGCGAGCUCGAGAGAAACUACGAAAGUACGAUCGCCAAGGAGAGGCAGCGACUGCAAACUCUUCUGGAAAGUGCCGAGCGUCGUGCCGAGGAUGCUGAGCGCAACGCGGCCAGUAAAGAGCGCGAACUAAACGAUCUGAAGCUGGCAAGCGAGAUGGCAGCUCGCGAGCUUAAGGAAAAGCAGGCUGAGUUCGAAUCCAAACUUGCCGCACUCGAGAGGGACAAGGAAGCUACGCACAGGGAGGUGCUGAAGCUGCGCGAGCUCGUCGAAACAAAGGACGUCGCCCUCGACGAGGCGAGCAACACCAUCGAGAUCCUCGAGAAGAAGGUCGCCGAGUUCCAGCAAGAGAUAGGUAACUCAGCAGCGCAGAUCUACCGGCUGCGGGAGAUCGAGAGAUCGAGCAAGGAACUGGAUUCGCGCGCCGCCAUCGACAGAGAAGCUCUGGAGAGCUUGCAGUCGAACCUGGUCGCGGAGAAGCUGAACGCUCAGCAGGUGCACGCUACUCUCGAGAAGCUCGGUUUGGACUCGGAGCUGGCGCUCUCGCUGCCCGCCGACAAGAUUCUGGAUAUGAUAUCAGAGGUGCCCGAGGUCGUGAACAGAGUAAUCCAACGACAGGAGCCGUCGCUCGCUCAGGUGGGCAAGGUGCCGGCUGCGAGCGCGGAAACGGAGGAGCAAAUCAAGGCACUGCAAGCUGCCUCGGAGGUGCUGCAGUCCGAGAAGGCUAAACUCGAGGUGCACGUGACACGACUCGAAUCCCAGAGCGCAUCCCUUACCUCGCAGCAAGCCGCUCUGCAAUUGAACAAUUCCAGACUGGAGGCCAGCAUGGACCAGCUGGUGAACGAGCACUCGGCUCUGGAGCGCGCCCACGCGGACCUGGGCAGGGAUCAAAAGCGCUUGCAGUCGUUGCACGAGCAGCUCAGCACCGAGUACGAGUGUCUCUUGCGAGAGAGAGAUAGUCUGAAGGUCAGUCACAGGGACGCCAAGAACGAGGCGCGCCUGCUGCGCGAGAGCUCCGAGAGACUCGAGGCUCAAUGCCAGGCGCUGCAGACCGAGCGCGACAAUCUUCUGGCUGACGUCAAGACUCUGAUCAACUUGCGCGGCGAGCACUCUAAGCUCAGGGAGGACUUCCGCAACCUGUACACCAACCACGAGACGCUGAAGACGCAGUAUCGUAGUCUCCAAGAGGACUACCGCAAGAACAAGGUGGAGAACAACAGACUGAGCCUGCGCCAGACGGAGAUGCAGGGCGAGCUGAGCAAGAAGGAUGACAGGCUUGCGAAUCUCGAGCUGCAGAUCAACAAGCUGAGCCAGCGCUGCGAGAUGCUGCUUCAGAUGAACACGGGCCUCGACAACGAUCGGCGUUCCCUCAUGGAGCACAUAUCCCUACUCUUCAGCCAGUACCACGAGCUCCUGACUCACUCGCUCGAUGACAAGGAGCACUACCACAUGGAGGAGAAGAUGUACACGGACAAGAUGAACCACCUGCAUCGCCAGAAAGAAAAGCUCGAGGAGAAGAUCAUGGAGCACUACAGAAAGCUCGACAGCUGUACCACGAAGAAGAAGAGCAUAGGAGCAAGCUUCGUGAGACGCGUUCGCAAAGCGGGUUCGGGACUGUUCAACCGGAACAGCCGGCGAUCGUCUUGGAGUGCGAACACGAGCGCCCUGUCCGAUGAGAAUUCACUUAAGUCUUCCUUCGCAAACGACGGUAAGGUGUACGACGACGAGGACGAUCAGGACGACGAGGACAACGUCGAGGCAGAUCUCGACGAGGAGGCUGUCCAACCCCACGAAUCCAACUCUAGUGGCGACGACUCGCACAUUAUCGAGGCUGGCCUUGACCCCGAGUCUCUGCGCCCCGACGAUCCGCUUUCCCUCGCUCAUCCCGGCACCAGGCGGACGGUCUACUACACGGACGACGCGUCGCCCUCGCUCACGCGCACCGCCAACCAGGAUAAGAGAGCCGAGACCGACGACCCGUCGAUGUAUCAGCAGCAGCAACAACGCCAUCGGCAAGAGCCGCAGCGCAGCAGUGACAACGAACAGUCCUACAACGAACCCAGACCUCUGCUCAUAUACAACAAGGUGUCGGCGGUGAUCAACGAUUCCACGACGACCACUGCCACGCCUCUGGCCAAGAAGAGCAUGGACGACUCAAAGAGCAGCGAAAAGGACCUGGUUGAGGCUUCCAACGACAAGGAUCGUAAGACCGCCAACUCCGUUUGGUAUGAGUACGGUUGCGUGUAACGAACCUCGAGCUGUAUAACGCUCUUAUAUAUUACGCUUUAUUUAUUACGAAAAAAUAAGGAGGACAGCUAAUUCCAUUGCAGCGGCAGCUGUGUUAGUUUCUUAAAGACUCUUCCGCCUUUGCACGCAUACGAGUAUUCAUCGAAUCAUCGAGUUUUAAUAUUAUUUAUAUAUUUAAAAUAAGUAUAAAAAUCACAUUCUUCAUUAUCGAGUCUUUCUAGUUGCAUUCUUGUAAACUAUUACUCAUCCUCGCAGUGAAUAUAGGGUAACCAGUGCUUUUUUAACGUACAAAUCUUACAUAUAUUUACGUAUGCUAUACACAUAUUAUAAACUACCGGUCCAAGUCUUCCGGUAAGAUGACGAGAAGUAGACAGACAAAUUUUAUAAAUUCAGUCGUUGAGUCGUUCCUAGUGCCUAAUCGACGAAAAAUGACAUAUAUACUUACUUUUUUAUCGAAAUAUAUUUGCAAUACAAUAGAAGGGUUAUUUUGACGCGUAGCCAAUAGCGUAAAAAUCGUCGAAGCAGAUUUUAUAAUGUUGACUUUUCUAUACUGCCGCAUUGGAACAUUUGACAGCAAGAUGUUUCUCAUUAAUCGCGAGCCAGAUAAAUUUGUUUUUAUGGGUAUAUUUUUGCUCUCAUACAAAUUGAUCCAUUGUGUUAAAGUAAUCAUUUUUUUACCUAUGUAUACAUUAGUUAUUAAUUUUUGUACCGAAAGAAAUAAUUUGAAUAAAUUGUACAAAGUGAAAAGUA